AUGGAGUGUGCCAGUUGCAGGGGGCUUGGUGAUGCUGUUUAUCAUCCAAGACGUAUGUACAUUGCGGGAAUCUGGAGCUUUGAGAGUCUUGCUUACCUCCGAUUCACUUGGAAACUGUACAAGACGCCUGGUUUCAGAUAUGGUGUGGGUCUCAUGUGUAUCGGCCCUGUGCUCUUGCCUUUGCUGUGGAUGUCUCAAAUUUUGCUGUUCGGUCUGCAGAGCCAGUGGUCUGUACUGGGAGAGAGCGUUCCCAGUGGAUUCCUACUGCUGUUUUCGUUGGACUUCCUGGCAUUUCCCACGACGCCAGUUCACGAGUGGCCGAGAAACAGCGAGCAGCUGGCCAGCACCCAGUUCAGGCGCUCCGUGCUGCAUCUGUUCCUGGGGGGCAACAACAAUUUUGGGGUGAAGCUGAUGGAUGCGCUCUGGACGGCCCAGCACGGCGACCUCUCGAGGCUCGAGCGCUACCUGGCGGACCCCGGGCAGGCGCGCGCCGUGCUGGAGCUGUGCUGCCUGGAGCAGCAGGCGGAGGCCGAGAAGAAGCACAGGCUCUCGCGCCGCAAGGGAGCGGCUGGCACGGAGGACGGCGACGAGCCGGCCGAGUGA